GGUUCUGUUUAGAUGGAGUAUGUUUACAACAUGGCCUACAGGAUUGCACUGGCCAGUUUACUGGUCAUCGCACUGCACGUAACCCCGCUGACGUCCAGUAAAACCGCUGUCAUUCAAGGGGAGAUCAAUGAUAUAUGGACGAAGUACGGAGAAGUCAAGUCUGGAUUGGACGCAUUAGAGUCCCAGGUGGAACCAAGGAAAACCCAGAUUGAGAACAUAGAGAUGUCGAUGACUGAGCUCGAACAAUCAUUAACUUCAAUUCGAAAGGAUGUUUCUCGCUUGAAGUCAUCGGUGAGACGAAUAAAAAAGAAGAGUUCUAAUUCUAAAUGACAGCUGCACUCGGCAUGGAUAAACGUUCACGACUCUUACGCAGACCUUUGCUACCAGUCUCUGCCUUAAUUUCUCACAUGACAUAUUUUGAAUUCCGUUUCCUUAAUCUAAAGCUUUUAAAAGCAAACCAUGUACAGGUUACGGACAUCUCAAUCAAGAGGGAUCGUCUAAAAGAAAUACGCCUAAAUUGAAAUAAAUGAUAUAUGUAUGGAAACACCUA